AUGGCCGCUUCCACCCUCUCGACCUCUUUCUCGGGGGCCUCAUCUGCCACUGCCAUAAUCGUAGCUUCGAAGCCCAAGGCCCUGACCAUUUCCUACCAACAAUUGACCCAAGAUGUCCUUGAUUUUCAAACGAAACUGGCGCACCUCGGGGUCGGGAAUGGCGACGCGGUCUCGAUAGCAUUGUCCAACAGCUACGAAUUCAUUGUUUCUUUCCUGGCAACCUCGUGGCAGCGAGGCAUCGCCGCACCGUUGAAUCCUGCCUACAAACAAGACGAAUUCGAGUUUUAUAUUGAAGAUCUGUCCUCAGCGGUGGUUCUUGUGCCACAUGGAUCCUACGACAAGGACGGCCCUGCGGUACGGGCAGCAAGGAAAUACAAUGCUGCCAUUGCGGAAUGUUAUCUGGACGGGUCAAAAUUGGUGCUGGAUGUCAAAGAGCAAGGAAAGUUGGCCCAAAGGCAGACUCAGUCAGUGGCUCAUGCUCAGCCUGAGGAUGUGGCGUUGGUAUUGCAUACGAGCGGUACCACUGGGCGACCCAAAGCUGUUCCCUUGACCCAUCGCAACCUCACGAGAACCAUGCUCAAUAUCCAGAAUACGUACGAGCUUACACCAAAAGACCGAACAAUGCUAGUUAUGCCUCUAUUCCACGUCCACGGUCUGCUGGCUGGAUUCCUCGCACCGUUGAAAGCUGGUGGUUCCGUCAUAGUCCCUCCCUCAUUCUCUGCAAGGUCUUUCUGGGACGACUUUGUGACCCAUAAGGCGAACUGGUAUACGGCUGUGCCUACGAUCCAUCAGAUUCUCUUGAAGAACCCGUCACCAAAUCCUAGGCCGGCAAUCAGAUUCAUUAGGUCCUGUUCCUCGCCGUUGUCCCCGAAGACAUUUGGCGAGCUCGAGAAAACAUACGGCGCCCCUGUUCUAGAAGCUUACGCAAUGACAGAAGCUGCGCACCAGAUGACCUCCAACCCAUUACCUCACAAAGGCAAGCGGAAACCGGGGAGCGUGGGCCUCGGUCAAGGAGUGGAGGUCAGAAUUUUGGAUGAGCAAGGUAAUGAAGUGCCUCAAGGCAAAGAAGCCGAAAUUUGCAUUCGAGGCGAGAACGUGACAAUGGGCUACCUCAAUAAUGAAAAGGCAAAUAAGGAGGCCUUCACGACCGGAGGGUUCUUCCGGACGGGAGAUCAAGGCAAGAAGGAUACCGAUGGCUAUGUCUACAUUACCGGGAGAAUAAAAGAGCUCAUCAACCGAGGUGGUGAAAAGAUCAGCCCGAUCGAGCUGGACCAUGUCAUCGCUGGACACCCAGCUGUGUCAGAGGCGGUGAGCUUCGCAAUUCCUUCUGAACUAUACGGGCAAGAAGUUGGAGUUGCAGUUGUUCCCAAACCCGGGAAAAGUGUGACAGAGAAAGAUAUCACCGAGUUUGUCGUCAGCAAAACGGCAAAGUUCAAGAAACCUAGCAGGGUUUGGCUUUUGAAAGAGAUACCCAAGACAGCCACGGGAAAGAUACAGCGAAGAAGGGUGGCCGAGUCACUGUUGGCCAAGGAUGGACCUAGGCCGAAGCUUUAG